GGGGUCUAUCCGCAAAAAGCCGCGCCCAUGGUGCGGUGGGGGUGCGCGGUGCGCCUCCCCCCGGCAACUGGUGGGCGUCGUCCUCCUCUUGUGCGCACCAGGUUCCUCCUCCCUCUCUCUCCUCCUCCAUUCCCGCACCCUCCGUCGCGACACAUCGCCCCAGCCAGAAUUCCCCCUUGCUGUCAUCUCCUCCCCCAAAAGCAGCACCGAUCCAGCAGCUUCCUCACAACCCAACCCAGGAACAUAUCAAAAUCAAUUUAUGGGAAAGACGCAACGCUUGUCCACAAUUCUUGAUGAGGAGGUGUGAUCUGAGACAGUCUCACAACAGCAGGGUUUCUGGAGGAAUGUCAUCCUCUUUACCUAUUCUGCCAAAUUCUCUGAAAGAAACCUUCCAUGGGCCUUACAAUCCACAGCUCACUCCGAUGCAAAGGCAACUGACGAGUGAUCUUGUGCCCUUACAUCAGAGUGCACUUCCGUCUGCUACUUUGCACCCAAGAGCUGGUGCUAUGAGAUCAUCAUAUGCAGCCUCAUUAGGAUACUCACCUAAUCCUCUUGAUUCUGCACCUAACCAUGAGAGGCAGUCUAUGGUUGCUCCUUUUGCUCCUCAGCCAUCAGAUAUCGAAGUAUUUCAGACCUUAUCUAAUAAUAUCCCUGGAGGUCACACUGGGGCAACUUGGUUCCCAGGUUCGGCUGAUGGUUUAUCAGAUUACGGGGAUAACAUCCCUGCUUCUGGUAGUCAGAUCCAGAAUGGCGGUCCUGCUGUGACAUCUGAUGUGGUUGCUAAACAAAAUGAAUGGUGGGCAGAGAUAAUGAAUGAUGAUUGGAGAGAUAUUCUAGAUGCAACAGCGGCUGAUCCCCAGUCAAAGUCCAUGGUUCAGCCUUCCAAUUCGGCUGCGUCACAGCCUGCUGUCAACCAGCCAGCUUCAUCUCAUGGUGGAGAGAUUUGCAAUGUAGCUAGUCCUCCCAAUAGCAACUCUGCAGCCAAACAACGGAUGAGGUGGACUCCAGAACUCCAUGAAUGCUUCGUAGACUCUGUAAAUAAGCUUGGUGGUAGUGAAAAAGCUACUCCCAAGGGUGUCCUGAAGCUUAUGAAAGUUGAUGGUUUGACAAUAUAUCAUGUGAAAAGCCAUCUGCAGAAGUACCGAACAGCUCGCUAUAAGCCAGACCUAAUGGAAGGUACAGCAGAGAAAAGGACUACCACCGAAGAGUUGACUCUAGACCUGAAAUCGAAAACUUUUAAGGAACUUACAUGCCCACCAACAAAUGUCAUGUGGCGGGCCUUGGAGAAACACAAAGCCCCAACAAAGUACAUUACCCUCAUCAAGGACAUGUACGAUAAUGUUGUGACAAGUGUUCGAACAAGUGAUGGCGACACUGAUGACUUCCCGAGUAAAAUAGGAUUGCAGCAAGGGUCAGCUUUGAGCCCUUAUCUUUUUGCUUUGGUGACGGAUGAGUGUCUUAACAAGAGGUUGGGUACAUUUCGCAAAUACUUAGCUGUCUGGAAAGAUAUAACAUGUUUUCCAGAGCUUAUGUCUAGGAGCAUGGAUCUUACUGAAGCGCUGCGCCUUCAGAUGGAAGUUCAGAAACGUCUUCAUGAACAACUUGAGACCCAGAGAAAGUUGCAGUUGCGAAUUGAAGAACAAGGGAAGUAUCUUCAGAUGAUGUUUGAAAAGCAGUCUAAAUCCAAUACUGAGAAGGUGCAGGAUCUAUCCUCGGGAGCUACAACAACCCUAUCAUCUGAACCGAGCCAUCCUGCAACCAGAAAUAGGGAUAAUGAUGCAGCUGAUGACGUAAAUAGAACAGGAGAGAACCCCGUGAGUGCCGAAAUAGGAGAAACUUUGAUGCAUGCAGGUGGCAACCAGGAGAUGGCAGAAAGCGAGUCUUCUGACCCCCUUGCAAAUACUAAUGAUGGUUCUAAGGCCCCACAAGAGAAGCGCCGAAGGGUGCAUGAUAGUUAACCAUCAGUCUGGUAAUUCAGAUGAUAGCAGUUCAGUCAACGUAUAAUAGGUAAAAAAAUGGUUCCAUUAAAACCCUGUGUCGAUGCUGAUCUGCAAGUCUAUUGAGCCAGCCACCUUAAUUAUCUAAAUGGAAUCUUUUGGUGGCCGCUUGUAUAAACUGCUAGCAAUAAAUCAAAUUAUCUCCUGACGCAUGGUAAUUGGUAAAUAAGUAUGCCUUGAGGUCUAGCUAUCUUUCUAGAUAUAUAGUUGUUAUUUGAGGUUUCAAGCGGCAGAAGACUGAACUGCUAGAAAGCUGGUCUUUGUCUUGAUGCUCAAAAUAUUGAAAUACCUGACCCCGUUUUGGUUUGGGUGUUGCAUUUUUUGGAGUUAGCUACGUAUUGGCUGAACUCAUGAUGAUUGCAAAGUUUUUUUGUUAUACUUGA